CCCCAUGCUCCUCUCAGUGCGCCGCCUCCCUGCGGCUCCUUCCCGCCCAGCCGCCCACCCGCACAUCUCCCCUUCGCCAUCCACCCUUCGACUCCGGCGACAGCAUGGUCGAGUGGCAGUGGCGAUGGCGAGGACGACGUCAACGGCACCUGUGAUAAAUUCGCAUAUCUUCUCGGCGCCGCUUACGACAAAAUUCAGGCUCCGCCGCCAACCAAAUGUCAAGAGAUAUAAGUGCAAUGUCAUACGGAGUAACCUCUUUGAUCGAUUAACUAGGGUUGCCAGGUCCUAUGCAAAUGCAGUUAUUAGUUCAUUUGAAGACCCUGAGAAGAUCUUAGAUCAGGCAGUUUUGGAGAUGAAUGAUGAUUUAAUAAAGAUGCGGCAAGCCACUGCACAGGUCUUGGCAUCUCAGAAGCGGCUUGAGAACAAGUACAAAGCUGCUGAACAAGCUGAUGCUGAUUGGUAUCGAAGGGCUCAACUUGCUCUUCAAAAGGGUGAUGAGGAGCUUGCCCGUGAAGCCCUUAAGAGGCGUAAAUCAUAUGCUGACAACGCAAGCUCCUUAAAGUCCCAGCUUGAUCAGCAGAAGAGUGUCGUUGAAAAUCUUGUUUCAAAUACCAAGCUUCUCGAGAGCAAGAUAGCAGAGGCCAGGCAGAAAAAGGAUACUCUAAAGGCCCGUGCUCAAUCAGCCAAGACUGCAACAAAAGUGAGUGAAAUGCUGGGAAAUGUAAAUACAAGUAGUGCCCUGUCAGCUUUUGAGAAAAUGGAGGAAAAAGUUAUGACAAUGGAAUCCCAAGCUGAGGCACUUGGUCAGUUGGGAGCUGAUGAUCUAGAAGGGAAGUUUGCAAUGCUUGAGACUACAUCGGUUGAUGACGAUCUUGCACAAUUGAGAAAAGAACUUUCUGGGAGCUCUUUGAAAGGUGAACUUCCUCCUGGUAGAGCUGCGGCAGGUAACCCUUCCCGAGACAGGGAUAUUGAGAAUGAGCUAAAUGAGCUGCGGAGGAAGGCCAAAGAUUAUUAGAUUGCACAGGAUAUGUCCGUCCACCGUGCUCGACAGAAUGUCCUCACUUGAGAACCCCCAGAAGAGAACAUAGCCUGCAGAUUCCUCUCCAAUGCGCAUUUGAUCCUCCAGUGCACUUUUUUUUGGCGGGAAGGUAGGAAGGUACUGAUACAUGAAAAAUUGACUGCAUUUUUUUACUGUGAAUGAUAUUGUACAGUUAACCAUUACAUCAAUGUAAAUCACUGCUCUUUACAGAGCUUAGCCGGGAACCUAAAUUUUCCGUCCUC